AUGGAUAUCGAUAAAGAGAUCGCCAAAGCGCCCAUAUCCGAUGACUACUCGGAGCAGAAAAGCCUGGAUGAGGAUGCUCUGAAACUGGCCGAGAUGGGCUACACGCAGGACCUGCAACGCAACUUUUCCGUGUGGUCAGUCCUGGGCGUAGGCUUCUCCCUCACUAAUUCGUGGUUUGGUAUAUCCGCCGCCUUGGUAACUGGUAUCAACUCCGGCGGACCUAUGCUCAUCAUCUACGGUAUCAUAAUCGUUGCGUUGAUUUCCACCUGUGUCGCCAUAUCGCUCAGUGAGCUGGCUAGUGCGCUGCCGAAUGCAGGCGGUCAAUACUUUUGGGCGAACGAGCUGGCACCGAGGAAAUAUGCCAACUUUGCAUCGUACUUGACCGGUUGGUUUGCGUGGGCCGGUUCGAUCUUUACGUCCGCUAGUGUUGCUCUUGCUAUGGGAGCCGCGCUCGUAGGUUGCUGGCAACUCGGGCAUCCCGAUUAUGUAAUUGAAACCUGGCACGUCUUCAUUGCCUACCAAGUCGUAAACGCCUUCUGCUUCUUUUUCAACUGCUACGGCAAGACGCUCCCCAAAAUCGCCACAGCCGCCCUCUACACAUCCCUCCUCUCCUUCUUCAUCAUCCUCGUCACCGUCCCCUCCGUCGCGCCGACCCACCAACAAGCCCGCUUCGUCUUCGCGACCUUCAUCAACAACACAGGCUGGAAAUCCAACGGCAUCGCCUUCAUCGUCGGCCUCGUCAACACCAAUUGGCCCUUCGCGUGUCUGGACUGUGCGACGCACUUGGCGGAAGAAGUCGCGCAGCCGGAGCGUAUGAUCCCGAUCGCGAUCCUCGGCACCGUCGCCAUCGGCUUCACGACCUCCUGGUUCUACAGCGUCGCCAUGUUCUUCAGCAUCGUGGGUGACUUUUCCGAGAUCGCGGCUACGGCGACGUACGUCCCGAUCCUAGAGCUGUUCUACCGCGCGCUGAAUCAUACGGCGGGGGCCAUUGUGCUGGAGAGCUUGAUCAUCGUUACAGGGUUGGGAUGCCAGAUUGCGAGUCAUACGUGGCAGAGCAGGCUGUGUUGGUCGUUUGCGAGGGAUAGGGGGCUGCCGGGGCAUCGGUGGUUGAGCAAGGUGCAUCCGACGCUUGAUGUGCCUCUAAAUGCGCAUAUUGUUAGCUGCGUCAUCGUUGGGCUUGUGGGGUGCUUGUAUCUCGGUUCUUACACGGCCUUCAACUCCAUGGUCACAGCCUGCAUAGUCCUCCUCUAUGUCUCCUACGCCAUCCCCGUAAUCUGCCUCCUGUACCGCGGCAGGAAUAACAUCGCUCACGGCCCCUUCUGGCUCGGUCCCAUCGGCAUGUUCGCAAACUACGUUUUGUUGAUGUGGACCGUUUUCACCGUUGUCAUGUACUCCUUCCCCUACGCCAUGCCCGUCAAGGCCAGCAACAUGAAUUAUGUCAGCGCUGUGUAUGCGGUCGUGGUGGCGAUUAUUACUAUCGAUUGGUUUGCGAGGGGAAGGAAGAGCUAUAGGGGCCAGACCACGCGGAAGGAGGAGGUGGUGGUUGUGCUGGGGAGGUCGGUGCAUGGUGGCAGGGGGAGCUUGAGUAUCGUGCAGUGA